CGAGAAUUUACGGCUUAUUCCUCUCUCAGCACCAACUUUCCAAACUUCAACACUCAAGUCGUCGUUGAGCAAAUACCGUCAAGAUGGUUUUCCACAAGUUGGUGAAGAACAGCGCGUACUACAGCCGCUACCAGACCAAGUACAAGCGCCGCCAGCAGGGCAAGACCGAUUACUACGCCCGAAAGCGCCUCAUCACCCAGGCCAAGAACAAGUACAAUGCUCCCAAGUACCGCCUGGUCGUCCGCUUCACCAACAAGGACAUCAUCUGCCAGAUCGUGACCUCUGAGAUCUCUGGCGACAAGGUCUUCGUCUCUGCCUACUCGCACGAGCUCAAGGCCUACGGUAUCGAGCACGGUCUCACCAACUGGGCCGCCGCUUACGCUACCGGUCUCCUCAUCGCCCGCCGUGCCCUCAAGAAGCUUGGCCUCGACGAGGACUUCACUGGUGUCGAGGAGGCUGACGGUGAGUUCAAGCUCACUGAGGCCGCCGAGACCGAUGAUGGCGAGCGCCGCCCCUUCAAGGUCUUCCUCGAUGUUGGUCUGAAGCGAACCUCCACUGGUGCCCGUGUCUUCGGUGCCAUGAAGGGCGCCUCUGACGGUGGUAUCCUUGUCCCCCACUCCGAGAAGCGAUUCCCCGGUUACGACAUGGAGACCAAGGAGCUCGAUGCUGACACCCUCCGAAACUACAUCUUCGGCGGCCACGUCGCUGAGUACAUGGAGACCCUCGCCGACGACGAUGAGGAGCGAUUCCGCAGUCAGUUCCAGAAGUACGUCGACGACGACGUCGAGGCUGAGGGUCUUGAGGACCUCUACACUGAGGCUCACGCCGCCAUCCGUGAGGACCCCUUCAAGAAGGCCGAGAGCGAUGCCCCCAAGAAGACCAAGGAGGAGUGGAAGGAGAUCUCCAAGAAGUACAAGACCAAGAAGCUCACCAAGGAGGAGAAGGAGCAGCGCGUACAGGAGCGUAUCCAGGAGCUUCUCCAGCAGGAGUAAAAAGUUGCUUUAUCUCAUCAGGUCAUGGGCAUUUGAGGAUUGUUAACCUUGGCAUUGGGUUUGGAGUUUCGAGGAAAGGAAAGGUCCGUAAACAGGAUCACAUGAAUGAAUUACCAAAAAGAUACCUUCCAGCCAAAUUCCAUAGUUGUGGUGAACGGGCAUCUCAUUACUCCAA